AUGCCUCAUUCACGAAUUUCGGAACUUUUCGCAAUUCAUCCGAUAGCAGACGUUAUAUUUUCGUACCUGACGGUCACCGAUGUGUACAAACUCCAUGCAGUAUGCCGGUCGUUGCAAGGUGUUGUGCAUUGUCUCCAAGAUACACGGCUCAAUAUUAGUGCUGCACUUAGUGACUUUGUUAAGAGCUGUGAUUCCUUCCGCUGGAACUUGGGCAAGACCAAUAGCCUCAUUGUCGGUGGGUUUGUCCUCGAUUUCCUUGCCUUGCGUCAGCAAGUCAUACCCUUCCUAGACAUCGUUGUUGAGGAGGGAGCGCCUGCACUCGGCCUCAUACAAUAUUUGUGCGAUGAGGAGACUUAUGAGAUGGCGGGAACUCAAGAACACAAAUUCUGGCCAUUACGAAAGCUGAACGAUGACUUCGGUGUGAAGCUAGCUGAGCUUGCUCAACAAGGCUGGACUACACGCGAUCUAGUAUGGGCGGACUGGGCCAUUCCUCCUGGGCUAGGUGUUCGAAGAGUCGGCGACAAUAUCAGUCCCCGAAGAGUUGGCGACGAAAUGAGUCUUGUAAUGCCCCUGCGGCCAGCUCUUGCACACAAUGGACUAAAGCCCGAUCAUGUUUUAGAGCUUUCUGAAUUUAGUGUAGAUAGCCCUGCCCGGCCCGGGGGUUUUGGAACUCGCCAUCGCGAACUUUCUGUUACAGUGAAGGAGCUUCAGUCGCCUAGUCUUCGUUACCGAUAUACGACAGGGCAAGGGAGUCAGUGGCGUACGUUUGUCAGUGAAAGGCUGAAGCGUUGGACCGAGAUUGAGGCAUGCAAAAUGGAUCCUGACAGUCGCCCUCCACAUUGGCUCCCUCCACCUCCCGAUUUUGAGGUACCGCCAACGUGGGACUUCGCAGACGAUCAAAUGCCACUUUGGUAUAAAACUUACUGGUUGGAGAAUAGUCAAAGACGGCUAGCUUCCUGA